ACAAUCCAUCGAUGGAUGUAUAUAAAAGAAUAGUGACUUUAGAAGCACAGAUUGAACACGUAUAUACAAAUACAUUAGUAUAACAUAGUGUACACACUUAUGCACUUAGAUCCAGUAAAGAUUAGGUUAGUAUCGUGAACGUGUUCUACGGUGUUAGUUGUACAAUGUUUCUUGUUAGAGGCGGCAAAGCCAAGUCAUUUUUGUAGUAAUGCGAAAUAUUAGGUAUAACAAAGUGUCGUUUAUUUGAAACAUGAGAAGGAUCGCUUUAUUUUAUACCUGAUUGUCAUUUGUCUUUUUGAAAACGCCACUUUACGGAAGCAAAGGAACCCGCGAAAUCUCGAUGUGAAUGUGUGACAAGAAUAAUCAACGAAUAUCAUCGAAAUUUAGAAAAAUCAAAUACGAAAUUUUGUCAUCCUUCGUUUACCGAAGCUUGACAAGGAAUAAUGAAUACGUCACAACUAUGAAUUCUAUUCAAGCAAGCGAACAACUCGAGACACGGCUAUUCGACCUUCAAACCAAGCUACGCGGAAGAGCCUUGAAUACGGUUUACGAAAGAACUUCGUAUUUCGUGUAAUCAAAUAUUCGAUGUGUAUGCAAGCUCAGCGAGGAAGUCUUUUACAACAAUAGAGUACAACGUAGAGUGUACUUUAGAAGAGGAUAUCGAUAAACCGUUUGGAGUAUUAAUUAAAUCGUACGAUCUCUUUUUGAAUCUUUACAUUUACAAAUGAACAAUAUAAUUUUUGAUAAUCAAAUCAUAUAUUGCAAAGGAAAAAUUUGUGUGUUGUGAUGUGUAUCGAAUUGUCCGAUUCGUAUGCGUUUUCAGUGAUAAUCUCGAGUAAAUUAAUCGGAUCUAAUCGAUCGUCAAAUACUCGAUCGUUAAAAAGACACUUGAGUGUGGAUCUCGAGAUAAGUGUCAAUAACACUUUCGAUAAUACGAUAAAGAUCAUCAGUGUAGUUGAUCGAUGAGUGGUAUAUUUUUAAAGAAUUUAUUUUUUCAUAAGGAUUAUACGCAAUUAAUAUAUAAUAUUGUAUUACCAAUAACGAAGAAUUUUAUGCCUCAUAUGCAAUGGAUUCGAGUAAAACAAAGUCCAAGCCAAAUCCAAGAGAGAAGGCAAAUAUUAUUUCUGUGUUAUUUUGGUGGUGGUCUUUGAGUUUAUUUAAAACUGGUUACAAGAAAAUAUUAGAAACUGAAGAUUUAUACGAUCCUUUAAAAGAAGAUCGUUCUACCGUCCUUGGAAAUAGAUUAGAAAAACGAUGGAACAUCGAAUUGGAAAAUGCGAAGAAACGAAAACGCAGCCCGUACCUUUUGAGAGCGAUAUUUCGUACUUUUUUAAUGGAAUACUUCCUUUUAGGAUUAUUACAAAUACUUAAUGAAUUUAUAAUAAGAUUAGGAACUCCAUUACUAUUAGGUGGUCUCUUAAGAUAUUUCAAAAAAGGCAGCGAGGAAACAUACGAAUCCGCACUUUUAUAUGCCAGUGGUAUUUGUAUAGCAACGGCCAUUAGCGUAAUUACGAUUAAUCAAACAAUAUUUGGUGCAUUUCAUAUUGGUGCGAAAGUCAGAGUUGCUGCUUGCUCUGUGGUUUACAGAAAAGCAUUACGACUUAGCCAAACGGCGUUGGGAGAUACUGCUCCAGGAAAAGUAGUUAAUUUGGUGGCUAAUGAUGUUAAUAGAUUCGAUCUUGUUUCCAUCUUUAUACAUCACAUGUGGUCAGCACCACUUACUGCUCUAAUCAUUGCCUACUUUCUUUAUACCGAAGCUGGAUACGCUGGUCUUUUUGGCAUAGCAGCAGUUUUUGUGGUCGUACCAAUUCAAUCCUAUACCGGUAAACUUUCUUCAAAGUUUAGACUGCAGACGGCCAUCAAGACCGAUGAAAGAGUACGUUUGAUGGAUGAGAUUAUUUCUGGCGUCCAAGUAAUAAAAAUGUACGCUUGGGAGAAGCCCUUUUGCGCGUUAGUUGAAUUGGCUAGGAAAUUGGAGUUGCGAGUAGUAAGUAAGAGCUCUUCUAUUCGUGGCAUCUACAUGACCUUUAAUUUAUUUACAACGAGAAUGGCACUUUACUGUACGCUUGUCUCAAUGAUUAUGUUUCGUAACGAAUUGACUGCCGAAAAAGUCUUCGUUUUCUCUUCUUACUUCAACAUACUUGCCCAAACGAUGUCUGGAAUGUUUGUACGCGGUUUUGCUGAAAUUGCGGAAUGUCUUGUGGUUGUACGACGAUUACAGCAUUUCUUAAUGUACGACGAAUUUCGUACCAAUAAUAUUACCAUAAGUAAUAAAUUAUCGAGAAGUCCAAAUGGCAGCAUUACUUCUAUAUCGAGACAAACAUCGAUUAGAGCUUCCAGACAAGAUUUACCUUACAUGGAUGACGAAGUCAUCGACGAGAAUUAUUAUCAAGAUAACGAAAAGAACAUACAAAAUGGAUUGAUAAUAGUCGCUAACGAUUUGUUGAAAAACACGGCCAGUCUUGUUAAUGAUAGAAGUAGUUCAACAUUAGCCGAAGAUUCGUAUGCGAUCAAGAUGACAAACGUAGUAGCAAAUUGGGACGCUGGUCAAUCUGAAACAAUAUUAGAAGGUAUAAAUCUACUGUUAGAGAAAGGCAAAUUAUAUGCUGUUAUUGGAAUGGUAGGAGCUGGUAAAAGUUCUUUCCUUUCGGCGAUACUCGGUGAGAUGAAUAUCAUAGAUGGCUGUGUGAAAUGUAACGGUAAUGUGAGUUAUGCUAGUCAAGAAGCAUGGGUGUUUGGUGCUACCGUUAGACAAAAUAUUCUAUUUGGGCAACCGUACGAACGUCAACGUUAUCAGCGUAUAGUCAAAGCUUGCGCUCUUCUUAGGGAUUUCAAGCAAUUUCCACAGGGCGAUUUAACGAUCGUUGGUGACAGAGGGAGUUCUUUAUCUGGUGGUCAAAAAGCUAGAAUCAACUUAGCAAGGGCAUUGUACAAACAAGCGGAUAUUUAUCUUUUAGAUGAUCCUUUGAGCGCGGUCGAUGCGCACGUCAGUAAGCAUCUUUUCGAAGAAUGUAUUCAACGAUAUUUGGCACAUAAGACUCGAGUCUUGGCAACGCAUCAAUUGCAAUAUAUAAAAGAAGUCGACGCUAUAAUACUUUUGGAAAAGGGAAGAUUUAAAUUGUAUCAAAACUAUCAAGAUCUUUUGAUCGAUUAUCCAGAAUAUAGAAGUUUAUUGGCAACAGACAACGAUACGAGCGAGGAUUCUUCUUUCGAAAGAAACUCGAUACGAAGACAAUUUUCCUCAUUGAGUAAUAGGAGCCGUACGCCAGAAGCUAGUAGUGGCGGUACAGACGACGAAGAAGAAAACGAGGAUGUUGAAAAAUUUAAUGACGGUUUAGAAGGAACAUCACGUGGUGUAGUCAAAGGACCAAUUUUUAUUCGAUAUUUUCAAGUCGGUGCCAAUCUCUGUCUUGCCUUACUAGUCCUCUUUUUAAUCAUUCUAACACAAUUCAUCGCCAGUCUUAAUGAUUACUUUAUUCCAAUCUUAGUUACCGCCGAAGAGACACUACACUACCAGCAAACACAAGCGAAUAUUACUAUGGAUGAUGAAAUACCAACACAAAUAAGCAAUACUUAUGUAUAUAUUUAUACAGGAAUAGUACUUGGAAUAUUCAUCGUUGGUAUCACAAGAUCAUUAAUUUUUUAUAAAAUGUGUAUGCUCUGCAGUCAACGUUUGCACGACAUGACUUUUAGUGCUUUGAUUAGAACUAAUAUGAGAUUUUUUGAUACCAAUCCAAGUGGAAGAAUUCUUAAUAGAUUUUCUAAAGAUAUUGGUGCGAUUGAUGAGUUAUUGCCUAAGGCUCUAUUAGAUGCUGGCCAAUUAUGUAUGCUAAUGUUCGGAUCAUUGACCGUAUCGUGUAUAGUUAAUCCUAUGUUUUUAAUUCCUGUAAUAUUUUUGGGAACGACAUUUUAUUGGAUUCGUAAAGUUUAUUUAAAAACUAGUAAAAAUAUUAAACGUUUAGAAGGCAUGACACGAUCACCAGUAUUUACGCAUCUAAAUGCAACAUUAAAUGGUCUCCCUACCAUUCGAGCAUACGGCGCACAAGAUAUAUUAAAAAAGGAGUUCGAUAGAUUUCAAGAUACGCACACUUCUACAAUGUACAUGUAUAUUGUAACUAGUACAGCAUUUGGAUUUUCUUUGGACGUAUUUUGUUUCAUAUUUACAUCACUUGUCACAUUCAGCUUUCUUUUACUAAGUACAACAUUUUCUGGUGGAGAGGUUGGCUUGGCUAUUACCCAAGUGAUGGCUAUGACCGGUAUGAUACAGUGGGGAAUGCGUCAAAGUGCCGAGGUUGCUAAUCAAAUGAUGUCUGUUGAACGUGUCCUUGAAUAUACGCAACUUCCACCGGAAGCCAAUUUAUGUAAUAAAGGAAAAUUCUAUAAGAAAACGGACAAACAAAAUUUAGAACCUUUACCGCAAAAUGCACCUAAAAAUUGGCCUAGCGAGGGUUGUAUCAGAUUUAGAGAUGUAUAUAUGAGAUAUACGGAUGAGGAUGCACCAGUUUUGAAAAAUUUAAAUAUGUUGAUCCUACCACGUGAAAAGGUCGGUAUUGUGGGAAGAACAGGCGCUGGAAAAUCAUCAUUGAUAUCGGCUUUAUUCAGAUUGGCGAAGGUCGAAGGGAUAAUAGAAAUUGAUAAUAUUGAUAGUGGAUGCAUUUGUCUGGAAGAUUUACGUCGUAAUAUAUCUAUCAUUCCUCAAGAUCCAGUUUUAUUCUCAGGAACAUUAAGACGGAAUCUUGAUCCAUUUAAUGAAUACUCGGAUCAAGUAGUUUGGGAAGCUUUAGAAGAAGUUGAAUUAAAAGAUGCCGUUGUCAUUGCUGGAAACGGUUUAGAAUCUCGUGUACUUGAUAGAGGUAGCAAUUUCAGUGUUGGUCAAAGACAACUGAUAUGUUUGGCAAGAGCUAUUUUACGAAACAAUCGUAUAUUGAUGCUCGAUGAAGCAACGGCCAAUGUAGAUCCGCAAACGGAUGCUUUGAUACAGCAUACCAUAAGAAAGAAAUUUGCUUUUUGUACAGUAUUGACUGUUGCUCAUCGAUUAAACACUAUAAUGGAUAGUGAUAAGGUAUUGGUUAUGGAUAAGGGUCGAAUGGCGGAAUAUGAUCACCCUCAUAUACUAUUACAGAAUAGUUAUAGUCAAUUUACUUCGUUAGUAAAAGAAACUGGUAGAGCUAUGUCAGAUCAGCUCAUUAAAAUGGCCAAACAAUCGUAUAUAAAAAAAUAUGGAGAGGAAAAAUCAUGAUAUUUUUUUUAUAUAUUUUUCUAAUGUUACUAAUUAUCUAUAUAUUUAUAAUUUAGAUCAAAAAUUAAUAUCAGACUUUUAAAGCCUGAUUGUUCCUUAGAUUAUAGAAAAAUUAUACCAACAAACUAUUAUUCUGUAUUAUAUAUAUAUAUAUAUAUAUAUAUAUAUAUAUGUAUGUAUGUAUGUAUAUAUAUGUAAAAUAAGCAUAUAUCGAUAUCUCUAUAUGAAUAAGUAUUAUGUCAGAAGAUUCCUUUAAUAUCAAGAAACCAUGUUUUAUGUUAUAUCCGUGAAUAGCUUUCUAUUGCAUAUAUGUAUAUACGUAUAUAAGUAUAUAGUAUAUACAUACAUAUAUAGCUUUUUUGUUUUCAAAUCUAAUAUAUUUAUCAAAUUUUACUACUUUAAUCUCUGGACAAGUACAAAUACUUGCAUAUAAAAGUACUUAUAUUUUUCUACUUUACAUUUUACCUGAACGUUAUUUCCAAAGUCCAUAGAUCUAACUUCGAAUGUGAUAAUUUAAGAAAAUGGGGAGAUCAUAGGUAAUUCUCUUAUACGAUUUAAGGUGCUAUAAAGUAUUCCUAAUGAGAAAUAACAUAUAUUAAUCAUAUUUAUAAGAAAGUUUGUCAUCGGAAAAUCAAUUCCAAUUCAUAUUUACAUUGUCUUAUAUCAAUUUUCUUAAUUAAUCCUUUCACUAUAGUAAUGUUAACUUAAUCCAUAAGAAAGACUAUACCUAUAUAUAUAUAUAUAUAUAUAUAUAUAUAUAUAAUGAUUUUAUAGUUUAUAGAAUACAUAUAUUAUUAUAAUGCAUAGAUCUUCCAAGAUAUUAAACCUCAUUGUAUUAUUUUGUUUUAUGUUUUUAAUGACAUAUUUGCCUUAAUGAAUAUUCUUUAUGCAGGCAUUCUCAUCAUAUGUGGGCUUAUUUACUUUAUUUUAUGCUAUUAUUAGGCACGAUUGCAAAGAGUUCAUUGUGCUUUUUAUAUAAUAACAAGUGUAAUAUACGAUUAUAUUGGAAAAAUUAUUGAAAUAUCCAAAAACUUUUUGCGAUCGUUACGUUUUAUAUCUAAAUGUGUGUGUUUGUGUAAUUGUGUGUCAAUUUUAAAUACAUCUGAUUAGAUACCUUUUCUUUUUAAUUUUUAAAAUAUCAAACUACAGAGAUUUACGAACAAUUUUGACUAAAUUGAAUUAUCAAUUUCAAAGUGCAAAAUGUACGAAAAAAUUGAUAAAUAUAUGAAAAAAUAGCAUAUGCAAUGAAGUUACGUUGCGUAAAAAUAUUUAAAAUAGUUUUAACAAUGAACGUGAAUUAUACGUCACUCGUGCCUAUUUUAUAUUUCAUACAAAAAUACUGGAUUUGUACUUAUAUACAAAGACAAUACAAACACGGUCAAUUGAUCUUAAUAGAUCUCAAAAAUACAAUUACUAAGAGCAUAUACAUUAUUUAACAGAAAGCAUAUAUUGAAUUUUCUCGAAUACGUUUAAUUUUGAUAAAUAUAAACAUAAAAGGAAGCAGUAAUUCUUAAUAAAUAAAUAAAUAUAUAUAUAU